GGUAAAAAAAUAUACGGAGUAUUGAAAAAAAUUUUACAUCUGCGCGACUGCGCAUCGCCUCACAUCGCCGCAAAGAAACGGGAAGAAUUGAAGAACGAAGGUCGGAAGGUCUAAGACAGAGGAAGAAGAAGAUUUGCCGCGCCGUCGCCUCACAUCUACGCCGUCCAGUACUUCUCCAUCCGCUAAUUACCCUUCAGUCUUCACUCUUCAGGGCCAAUUUUUUCUUUGGACCGGCCCUGCUGGAUUCCCACUAUUCGCCGAUCUCUUCGUCCCCAAUUUUCGAUUCAGGCUGCCAAUCAGAACUUUUUAAUUCAGCGCCCCAAUUCAGAGCAUUCCGAUCGACGCAUUUAGGGCAAGAAGAACACGUCUGCUCCUCUGUUACCUCAUUUUGCAACCUCAUUGAACUAGAAAUGGGGAGUGAUUUGAAGAAGUGGGUUUCGGAUUCUUUGAUAUUAGUUCUAGGAUACUCUCAAGUUACGCUGGUUAAUUAUGUGAUUGGUUUAGCCAAGAAAGCUUCUUCUCCUAAUGAGCUUCUGAGUAUGCUUACUGAAGUGGGAGUAUCUUCAACACCCGAAACAAAGUCAUUUGCAGAAGAGAUUUUUCAGAGAGUUGAGCACAAGGCUAAAGGUCCAAGUCUAUAUCAACAGAAAGAAAGGGAGGCAGCUAUGCUUGCAAAGAAGCAAAAUACUUACACACUUCUGGAAGAUGAUGAUGGUGAUGUUGUUGUUGAUGCUGAUAUUAAUGUCAGUCGUGAUAAUAAGCGAGAGAAAGGCCGUGGAAAGAGAUUUAGGAAGAGGGCUGAAUCUGAUGCGGAUGAAGAUGAAGAGAAAAUAGGGGAAACAGAAGAGGAAAGGCGGGUAAAGAGGCGAAAGUGGAAUGAUGACAGUGAUGGUAGUAGUGGUUCGGAGUCAGAGGAGGAAAGGCUGCGUGACCAAAAGGAGAGAGAUGAGUUGGAGAGGCACAUAAGGGAAAGGGAUGCUGCCUCAACAAGAAAGUUGACUGAGAAAAAGUUGUCCAAAAAGGAAGAAGAAGAGGCAAUCAGAAGAUCUAAUGCUUUGGAGCAAGAUGAGAUUGGAACUCUGAGGAAAGUCUCUAGGCAAGAAUACCUGAAGAAAAGAGAGCAGAAGAAACUAGACGAACUCAGAGAUGAGAUAGAAGAUGAGCAAUACUUGUUUGAUUCCGUGAAGUUAACUGAAGUAGAAUAUAAGGAGAUGAGGUACAAGAGAGAGUUAUAUGAUCUAAUCAAGAAGCGUACUGAGGACGAAGAUAAUAGAAACGAGUAUAGGAUUCCCGAUGCAUAUGAUCUUGACGGGGAUGUGAAUCAAGAGAAGAGGUUUGCUGUUGCAUUGCAACGCUACAGGGAUCCCGAUGCUAAUGAUAAGAUGAACCCCUUUGCUGAACAAGAAGCUUGGGAGGAUCACCAAAUUGGCAAAGCUACACUCAAAUUUGGGUCAAAAGACCGAAAGGCAAGAUCUGAAGAUUACCAAUUUGUAUUUGAAGACCAGAUUGAGUUCAUAAAAGCGGCAGUCAUGGACGGAGUUAAUGUUGAUCAGGAGUCUGCGAUUGAGGAACUGGAAGCAUCUGUUGCUAAAUCGGCAUUUGAGAAACUCCAAGCAGACAGGAAAACUUUGCCCAUCUUUCCAUAUAGGGAUGAGUUGCUCCAAGCUAUCAAUGAGCACCAGGUUCUAGUCAUCGUUGGAGAGACAGGUUCUGGGAAGACAACUCAGAUACCUCAGUAUUUGCACGAGGCAGGGUACACCAAGCGUGGCAAGGUGGGAUGCACUCAGCCACGCCGAGUUGCUGCCAUGAGUGUUUCUGCUCGUGUUUCCCAAGAGAUGGGUGUCAAACUUGGACAUGAGGUUGGCUAUUCAAUCAGAUUUGAAGAUUGCACUUCAGAGAAGACCAUUCUAAAGUAUAUGACAGAUGGGAUGUUGUUGCGUGAAUUCCUUGGGGAACCUGAUUUGGCAAGUUAUAGUGUUAUCAUGGUGGAUGAGGCGCACGAAAGAACAUUAUCAACAGAUAUUCUUUUUGGCUUGGUUAAGGAUAUUGCUCGUUUCCGUCCUGACCUCAAGUUGCUUAUUUCUAGUGCUACUCUAGAUGCCGAGAAGUUCAGUGACUAUUUUGAUUCAGCUCCCAUUUUUAAAAUACCCGGAAGGCGGUUUCCAGUGGAUAUACACUAUACUAAAGCACCUGAGGCAGAUUACUUGGAUGCAGCCAUUGUCACUGCACUUCAGAUACAUGUGACCCAACCACCUGGUGAUGGCGAUAUAUUAGUUUUCUUAACUGGGCAGGAAGAAAUUGAGACAGCUGAGGAGAUCAUUAAGCACAGGAUCAAGGGCCUGGGAACAAAAAUAGCAGAGCUAAUUAUCUGCCCAAUAUAUGCUAAUCUGCCAACAGAGCUACAAGCCAAAAUUUUUGAACCUACUCCUGAAAGGGCCCGUAAGGUUGUCCUUGCUACAAAUAUUGCUGAAACCUCGCUGACAAUUGAUGGGAUCAAAUAUCAUGGUGAACUGACAAAAGUUGGCAGAAGAAUGGCUGAGUUCCCUCUUGACCCUAUGCUCUCGAAGAUGAUUGUUGCUUCUGAAAAGUAUAAAUGCUCUGAUGAGAUCAUAAGUAUUGCAGCAAUGCUUUCUAUUGGAAAUUCGAUCUUUUAUCGUCCAAAGGACAAACAAGUCCAUGCUGACAAUGCACGAUUGAAUUUCCAUAUGGGUAAUGUUGGAGAUCAUGUUGCAUUACUGAAGGUUUACAAUUCCUGGAAGGAAACUAACUUUUCAACCCAGUGGUGCUAUGAAAACUACAUACAGGUCAGAAGCAUGAAGAGAGCUAGAGACAUCAGAGAUCAAUUAGAGGGCCUUCUAGAAAGAGUAGAAAUUGAGUUGACUUCAAAUCUCAAUGAUCUAGAUGCUAUAAAGAAGUCUAUAACAUCUGGGUUCUUUCCUCACUCAGCAAGGCUUCAAAAAAAUGGAUCCUAUCGAACCGUGAAGCUUCCCUUGACUGUUCACAUCCAUCCCAGCUCUGGUCUAGCGCAGGUUCUUCCUAGAUGGGUUGUCUAUCAUGAGCUUGUUCAUACCACCAAAGAGUACAUGCGACAGGUCACAGAACUAAAGCCUGAAUGGCUGGUAGAAAUAGCUCCUCACUACUAUCAGUUGAAGGACGUUGAAGACCAUGGCUCAAAGAAAAUGCCUAGAGGAGAGGGCCGAGCAUCUUAGUCCAGUCCGGAUUAUGGGUGUAUCCCUUUAUCCCAACCAUGACCCACCCGAGGAUAUGCUUAGCUUAACAGGAUUGAACUUUCUUCCCCCCUCUCAUGAUCUUUUUUCGAAGUUCGCUAAGUUUUGGUUUUUACCCCUUAUUUCAAGUACUCCGUAUGAUGGAGCAAGAGGCAAGUUCUGAGCACGAGCAGAAGAAGAGUGUGAAGAAAAUGGCGGACGAUGAUUUUGAAGACCAGAGGCCGAAGACAUUGACAGAAUCAAAGAAGAAAAAGGUAUGUGUUGACUCGAAAUGCGCUGAAAAGCAAUUUGGAAAUCAAAGCUGGGUUGAUUU